CGCAUUACUCGUACGCACAGAAUAAUAAUAAUGUACUUAUGAUAUCCGCAAUAAGUACACGACGACACCGCACGACACCACACGACAAGACGGGAUAAGACACACAUGGUAUUUUAUCCGGUGCUUUCUCCGUCGCCCGUGGAGAAGGCGUUUUGUUUCGUUACGUUGCAGCAGCAGGAUGCGAUCCAGAUCCAGAUCCAGGUCGGUGGGAGGGGGAUCAGAAAUAUUGACAGCCAAGGAUUUCGCGACCCGACAGACGAGGAGGAGGAGGGAAGCGACGGAAACCUCCCCCCCUUUUGGCUCAGCCCACCGGAAUGGUCCCUCUUGAAGAGCGCCGAGGAAAACCCACUCGAGUAUACACUUGCGGAGCGCGAUGAAGCCGUCUCGUACCUCCGGCUUCUGCUCAAGAUGCUGGGCCAGGUGACCGGAGGAAGCACAAGCAGAGACAACGCAAAGCCAAAUACAGUUGCAGACGCAACUGCGGGAUCGAACGAGGACAGCGGGAUCGCCACUCUGGAAAGCCCGCCCCUGGAAACCCAAGACGAAGCUCUCGAUUUCUACUACCGGUCAACCAAGCAGCACAAAAAACUGGUCGUAUCCCAUUACUGCGUGGAUAAACUCUUUGAAAUCAUUGCCGUCUCUCUGGACAAUGCAAGCAAUGGUAUUCCGAGCCUGUCUAAAUUGUUUCAUGGGGUCGAUGAAAACGAAAUCCAAAAGAUGAACGAAAUCCAAAAGAUAAUCGAAAGCUGCCACGCGAACUCAGCUAGAUCCAACAAUCUAGAUAUCGACGAAUGGAGAAUGCUGGUACCGCUGCUCUACAACCGAUCCGUAGAUGAAUACACAAAACGUGGAGCAGCGCUGAUCCUUUCCUACAUUCUCAAAACUGGAUGCGAGCGAAUCGAGCUAUUGAGAUCCUGCAAUGCAAGUCACGACAACAGGAAAAAAAACAAUAGCAACAACAACAACAACAAGCCAUCAACCUGGCAGGAAACCGACGUCGACUUUUUGAACCUCUUGUCAUUUCCAGACGAGCACAAAGCGGCGACCUUUUCGAAAUCAAACAGCCCAGAGGAAGAGUUGACCACCGUUCUCGACCAGACCAACCUACAGAGAGCUAUUGAUGAGUCGCUAGGGUCCUUUGUGUCUUGGCUGACGGGACGGCUGCAGUGCUCUGACCAUUAUCUAUCGCUCGGCGUCGUGACGCCCACCCUAGGCGUUCUGCUAUCGGGCACUAAGCGUGCACGGACUGCCUUUCACCAAGCGGGAGGCAUCGGAUACCUUGUCCGGCACCUCAAGGCCAAGCGCACGACAAGGACACCGAGCAAGUGGAGCGGAGGAGAAGACGACUGGUUCCGCCGUCCUGCCACGAAAGUAGGCCCCGCAGCAAACUCGACAUCACCGGGAUCUCUCACGGCAAGGACGAUUUUGGCUUUUUCCAAACCAAAAUCCUCCCCCCCGCACAGCCAGCUCCCGGCGUCUCCGGAGCGCAAGCGGGGGAACGUGCGAUCUCGAAAAACGAAUCCAUCCACGUCGACGUCGCUCUCUAUCAAUGCGUACUCGCACAGCGAUUCCUUCUCGGUGAGCAGCAGCUUUUCUUCGACAAAUUCGAACUCGAUUUUUAACCACCUCGGCUCACCGUCCUCCCCCGGGGCGACGGAGUCAGAAACGCACCAUACAGAGGCCCUGGUGGAGAGCGACACCAACCACACACACCUUCAAGGUUUUAUUUCCAGGGCAGGCGAGGCCCUUUCGGGUCCGUCGGUCCUGGCCGCCACUCUCGCCGCCACAUCGACCAUCGCAGCGUCCUCGUCGCUUCUGUCGCCGGCGCAAGCUUUGCAGCUGCCACACCCCGAUCGAAUUUCACGAAAGCGGCCAGUGUCGUCCUCCUCGGUGCAGCAAGUUUACGACCUGGUCUUUUGCCUGUGGUGCAUGUCUAUGGAUUGCCAAACUGACGAGAGCGUUGCGAACCACUUUGCCCGCGACGGGGCAGUCUCGGCACUGGCACAUCUCCUCAAGACGGCACCGCGCGAAAAGGUCCUGCGGCUGACCCUGGCCUGCCUCCGCUCCCUGACCACUCUCCCUGCGAGCCACAGCAGAGUUGGUGGUGACAAGACCAGCGACAUCGACGCGAACUCAUUUGUUCGUGAGAUGAUUGGCUGUGGUGUGCUCAAAUCCCUCGACACGGUUCGGCUUAGGCGCUGGAACGACGAAGAUCUGGAGGACGACCUAGAGUUCUUGCACGGAUUUCUUUCCGACCGCACCGAGCAACUAUCCCAAUUCCACGUCUACGAGGCUGAGGUCGAGACCGGUGCCCUGAGGUGGGACGAUCGGUUUCACACGAAAGAUUUUUUCCGGCGGAACGUGGGACAGAUGGAGGGCCGAGAUGGACGCUUUGGUGUCGUGAAAAGCCUAGUGCAGAUCCUAUACGCGAGCACCAAGAGCGGUCGCCUUCGCAGCAGCGGGGGUACCGUCGUGUAUGCCGGUCUGAACGAGGUGGGGGGAGAUUCAUGGGGCGAGGACGACAUUUCAGACGACGAGGUCUGCGAGUGCCUUGCGGUGUGCCUGUUCGAUCUGGGGGAGUUCGUUCGGCACUACCCCAACGGCAAGCACGUCUUGGAUAAGGUGCUCGGGGCCAAGCCGCUGGUCAUGUGCUACGUAAACCAUCCCCGGUGGGAGGUCCGGGAGCAGGCCCUGCUUUGUGCCUCAAAAAUCCUGGUGAACAACUGGAGGGUGCGUAAUUUGCAGGAAGCCAGCGACUAUACCAUCGCAUUGUUUGUUUCUGGUGGAAUACUCGUACUCACAAACUCGAUUUUUUUUCGCUCAGUCAAUCGAAAUCUAAGUGGUUUGUUCUUGUCAUGUGAAAGUUGAGUGGAUACCCCCGGACAGGCUGACAAAGUUUUGAAGAAAGCACGAUGGGAAAGAAUCUCGCGCUGGAAUAGAAAUCUGCAACCGCCAUCCAAUCUCUUUCUAUUUAUUGCACAACUUUUUUGUUUUACAAAUUCUCUAGAAUCGAAACAUCAUCUGCAUCAGCAGACCAUUUUUGUGGGCAGAGCUUUGAUGUACACGCAACCUUAUCAGACCGGCGAUCCCGCCGUUCGUAAAAGCACUGUGAUUUACUGUAAUUCGUUUCGUUACUCCAACCAACGUUCUGCAAGUCAAGAGAGGCAAACACUUGCAGCAAGAAAUAGCAUAAGAAAAUUAUGGACUGCUC